AUGAGUAUCUUGCUUGCAUUAAUUAGUAUUUAAUUUUUCUAAUCUCCGUCACCCUCUCUCCCAAAUAUCACUUUGUCUUAACUCCUAACUACACACAAACAACCACUAUUAUCUUUGAAGUUUCAUCUUCUUCUCUUUCCUCUUUCCUUCUAUACUUCACAAAAAGGAAAAAAAAAAUAAUGACAAAAAUGAAGACCUCUCUUUCUUUUUCAAGUGGCUCGAAUAAGCUUUUGAUCUUGUUCCUUUUCUUUUUUCUCUUCUUUAUCUUCUUCUCUUUAACAAAUUGCAUGGUAUUUCACACCCACCAACAACGUUAUUGUGAUUCUUUUAACAAUAAAAUCCAACGCUCUUUGUGCAUGGAGAUUCAAAGAAUCAACCACAGAUUAUUGCAUGAUGAUCAAGUUCCACCCUCGUCAUCAUCCAAGGAGAAACGGAUAUUUGAUCAAAGAUAUGGCGCUGAGAAGAGACUUGUCCCUUCUGGGCCAAACCCACUUCACAAUUGAAAAGAAUUUCUUGUUUUCCAUCACAGUUAUUAACAUCCUUAGCUUUUGAAGAGAAUGUAGUUGUGGAGGCGGAGCUAGCUUAAGCGGGACCCCAUGAGUGUCAUUAAUAUGGAGCCACCAAGGGACAAUGACGUAUCUAGUUAUGGGUCUUGGCUUUGUUUCUAAGAUCAAAAUGGGAUCAUCUUUGUGUACCUUGUCGGUCAGCAAAAACCUUUUUUUUU